AUGAGACGUUCACCACUACUGUCAGGAGAGGUUGAGAGUCGAACAGAAGUGAUGAGAAGGAAGCUAAGAAACAGAAAGGGGGGGCCACGCUGGGAUAGUCCCAGGCGCGUGACAAUGUACAUCCCUAAGUCAGCCGCGGGUGAAAUCGCCGGCGCGCCUAAGUCCCACCGCAAGGGGGCGGCUAGCGGGCGCGCGCAUGAAUCCGCCGGCGCUGGCGCGCUGAGGCAGUCGCGCGCGUCUAAGUCCCCACCGCCGGGGGCGGGCUAG